AUGGUAGUAAAUUUAGACGAAUAAAUUAAAACUGAUGACAUAUAUUUAUUCACAAAGUGUCUUGGCUAAAUUGUUAAUAAGGAAAAUUUGGCAUUACUUAAUUAAGUAAUGAGAUGAUAUGAAAACCUUAGCCUUAAAAUUUGCAAAGGAAGAAAAAUUGCUUAGAUUAACUAAUUUAAAAUAAUGAUAAUCGCAAAGAAAAUUAUUUCAUUCAAAAACUAAAUCAAGUUAGAACUUGGAAAUUGCUUCAAUUAAUUGAUCAAUUAACGGAGUAGAUCCAACUCGAAAUUUAAUCAAAGAAUCAGAGUUAGGACUAAAAAGUUACAAUGAGGAAACAUAAGUUGUAUCAAAAGACUAAAAAGGAUUUUUAAUUACAAUACACUCAACAAACAAACUUACAAGAAAGAAGACUUAGUUCUUAUUUAAUUAAUUUAGGAAUCAAUUAAAUCUUAGUCUAAAUCAUGCCAUUUUAUCUAAAUUAUGGAACCCAUAGAUUUAUAAAAUCUAGUGAACUAUUAAUCAAUAAGCAAAUAUUAACCUAAAACCUACAUUUGGUAAUUUAUGAUAAUAAAAUUAGAAGACUCCUUGUCUUAUUUAUAUAUGA